AACAGGAAAAAAAACAGUGGGACGUCGCGGUUUCUCGCUAAUCUUUCCACGCCUGUUGUUCACACACCUGCUAUGCAUUCUUGAUCACAGCUGGAAUUAACAGGAAGAACUUUCACAUUUACCACGGCAACCUAAAGUGGAUGGAUUGGACUGUCCAGUUGGUCUUGCUUUGCUACAACUGAGUUAGGAGGUACAGGCCAUUAUUUACAACCGCACAUCAGUGGAAAUACUUAAUUCCGCUGGAAACUUCGUCAGUCCGUGCAAAUGGGAGAACUUUAUGUUGUUUAUACAGGAUGUGCGACAUGAUGGGGGUUGUUUUUUUUUUUUUUGUGGACACACCCGGGCAAUUGCCUACACAAAGGAUCGAAACUGUACACGAAAUAAAAACGAGCACACGAGCUAACGUGUCGUGCUGCACUCGAGUUUUGUUGAGUGUGAAAAGUACGUGGAAAGUGGUCGAACGCUGAACCUACAGAAAUCAACAAUAAAACGAGGACCUACAGAAGAUUAUGUUGAAUAAACUUGAUAUAUUCGUGAAAAGGAACAUGAGCUACGAACUGUUUUUGAAGAAAUCGAUACAUUGUUUUUGAAUGACUAUGCAUUGAGACACUCGGCUACUUCUUAGCCACUACACCUUUCUGCUCCGAUCUAAGGCACCCGCACGCGGAGGUUUCUGUUUUAUUCCACUGAGCCAUGGAAGAAGAGGGCGACCCAGUCGAAAGAAUCUCGGACUUCGAGACAGUCCACCAUGAAACGCCAUCUGAAAACGGAGUCCUGCUUCUUGUAAACCACAGCAACAUUCAACCCCCUUUCAGUGUAGUGUUGGCCACCUUGUUGUAUUUUGCAGAGUUUGUCUGCGCGGCAGUUCUUUGCAGCAUGUACCACAAGAGCGACGACCAGAUCUGGAUGGGGUUGACCAUCACUUUCAUGUUGGUGCCGGCCGUGUUGAUUCAGUUGGCACUGACAUUCAUUCAUAGAGACUUGGGAAGAGAUCGCCCCCUCGUCCUCUUCUUGCAUCUCCUACUCCUGGGACCACUCAUUAGGUGUUUUGAGGCUCUGGUGGUUUACUUCAAGGCGGGUAAGGAGGAGGAGCCAUACGUGACCAUCUCCAGGAAGUUCAACCUGAAGAAGGAUCAGACCACGCCCAUGGAGUGGGAAAUUGGCCACUCAGAGCGCAAGCUGGCCACACACCGGAACGCCUUCAAACGCACUGCUGUCAUCCAGGCCUUCCUGGGCUCCACACCCCAGCUCACCCUGCAGCUGUAUGCUAACAUACAGGAGAAGUACUUCCUCCCUGUCAGGCUGUCUCUGAUGGUGAUCUGCCUGGUCUCCAUCACGUACGGCGCCCUGGUGUGCAGUGUGCUGGCCAUCAACAUCCGCUACGACGACUACAAGGUGCGUCUGCGUCCAGCGGCCUACCUCUGCAUGGUCCUGUGGCGCGGCCUGGAGAUCGCCACCCGGGUCACCUCCCUGGUGCUGUUCAGCACGGCGCUCACCUACUGGGUGAUUCCGGUCGGCCUGGUCAACCUGCUGUUCUUCUUCCUGCUUCCCUGGGUGGAGUUCUGGGGACGCCGCGCUUCGCUGCCCGACAACGUGGAAAACAACUUCGGCAAGCUGGACACCGUGGUGGUGCUGUUGCUGUUCACCUUCCUGUACGCCUGCAUCAACAUCUUCUGCUGGUCGGCCGUCCAGCUGGACCUCGGCCACCGAGACCUCAUCGAGAAGAAGCAGCGCUGGGGCCGCCUGGCUGCCUACUACGGCGGCCGCUUCCUGGAGAACGGCGCCCUUAUCGCACUCUGGUACGUCUUCAAGUCGGACUUCUACGAGUAUGUGUGCGCACCCCUGCUGGUGGCCCAGCUGCUCAUCUGCUACAGCCUCGCCGUGCUGUUCAUGCUCAUCUUCUACCAGUUCUGCCACCCGUGCCGGCGCCUCUUCCGGUACAACGUCCACGACUGCCUGGCCUGCGUCUGCUGCUCCGCCUGCUGUCGGAGGGCGGAGGAGGUGGAGGGCCUGCCCCAGUCCUACUCCACCACGGCCACCAUGGUGCUGGUGCCCGUGGAUCCGCCAGACCUCACGCCGCUCGACCUCGCCAGUCAGCCGGGGGAUCGUGAGACGGUCAUCGUUGGAGACACAGAGGCAGCGUGACACAAGAAUGCAGAUCAGCAGAGUCUAGACGAUGUUGCGUCACGGUUGCUGUGAGGGAAAAGGUGUUACUCAGACCGACACUGUCUCUGCCGAACAGCACAGGCGGAGGCCAGGGACCCCUGGAGACUAAGGAAUGUGCCCUGAUGAGAUACGAGGCACAAAGGCAGUGCUGAGAGAGCAGCACGGGACCAGGUGUGUGGGAAACCAGCCAAGUGUCUUCGUUCUGGAGGACCGACUCUCCCUUUUAAACGGGGACUUCCCUGCUCUCGUUUUCAGAAGUUUACUUAAGAGAAAAAAUACCAGACGUGUUGCAAUCGGUCCCAUUCAUCUUUGUAUGUAACAAAAGGGGUUUGAUAACAUGAGUUUGCCUUCCCUGUACCUCACUUAGCCCACUGAUUGGAAUGAAUGGUGUCUGUUCCUAGUUCCUGGUGCCUCAGUUUGCCCAUAUUCUUUGCCUUUGCAAACAAAGUGAUCAAAAGUAUUAAAGUGCCAGUAUAAGCGAGUGAAUAACAAGUGAGUUAAAGACGGAAUUGCUUUUACUAAUCAGUGUGCUUGUAAAGGGAUUGAAAUGCUAUUCAAAACAACUUUUUACAGUAAUAAUUUAAUAUAGAAAAUGUGAUGCCUUAACGGUACCUUUGUAUUAAACAUUGAAGUGCAUUAAUCCCUGUUUUUAUGUGUCGUCUGUUUUGAUACAUGCCUUAACUACUGCCUUGUUCACCUACUUGAAUUUAAAGUUGUUUAAUUAAAAUACUGCAACAACGUU